AUGCCCUCAAACCAUUCUGGGGUCCUUCAACCGCGAACUCCAACUUCUGCGAAAAAUCUAUCCGCUGGGCUAGGACUAUCUGAUGACGAGGUACAUGGCCGAGUUCAUCAACAGUCUAAGCAGCAGUGUCUACGGCAAGUACCCCAACGCGCAAGCUUUCUCUGCUACCCAUACCUACGAACAAAAUCUGACGACCGUCACAAACAGUCAUCUACGCAGUCUACGGGCUUCGCCAGCUGUAUAAACAACAGAAUCCUCAUGUUGUCCGUGUCGUACCUUACUUGGGCCUCCUGGCUGUCGGUGUCUUCUCUGCCGCAUUCCACGCGACCCUCAAGUACGACACCCAGAUGCGUAUGGCAUGCCCCGUUCACUGUUCACUGGGUAUUACCAGGCUGCUCGAGUCUCUUCGCGUUGCUCACUGCAACGGUCGACGAUCUCUCAAUGCUCUCCACGACAACAUCGGUCCUCCGUCGCGUCUUGACAGUCAACCUCAGUCUCAUCUCGUCGCCAGCAGCAGCGCUCAUACUAGGGAUUAUUCUUACGGGCAUAGCACUUUACCAUAUCAUAACGGAUGAGCUCAUCGUGCACCAGGUGUUCUUCGGUGUCUCGGUGACGGUAAAUGGGAUCCGGACAUUGCAGCUGAUUCGCACGAGGACUGCGGAGGGCUCAGCGGCGAGGGCGCAGAUCUGGGGGAUGGUGAGACUUGGAGCUCACCUUGGAACGAUUGCUUUUGGUAAAGUAGCAGUCAUCGCCGAAGGGGACCCAGCAAUUCCCGAAGCACUUUGCAGCCUUCGCAGCAGCCCAACACUUGGAGACCAGCCUCUGUCCGUUUACAGGACCUUCCUCAAUAUUAGAGCUGCGAUUCUCGCUUCAGCUGAAAGUGCGGAGUUGGCGUUUGAGAACAUUCAUCCAACCGUCGGGUCUGCGGUAUAUGACGCUCUCCUGGAAGAUCCUGACAUCGAGAAUCUCGCGCCGCGCAUGACAUAUAACUCCUCUUCAAACACAUCAUCAGCCCGCGUGAUGCCUGUUAGGGUCCUUGAUGUGCCACAGGCGUGGCUAGCGAAGGAGCUCAGAGCAAUGUGUAUGGCAAACUUCUUGUCUGGCCCUGAGAGUAAUCAUUUCGACAGUUUUGUAGGAACAAGUUUUCAAGACUUCGUGGCCCCGUACGCCGGUUCCAGGAAGCACCCCGACUGGGCCCUUAUCCCAAACGCAGAUGCCCUACCUUCUAUAGUCGCAGAAUCAGGAUGGUCAGACUGUUGGCCAAAACUAAUUACCGAGAUGGAAAUGUGGCUUCAGGGAGGGCGACCCAACGUCCAGCUGGUUCUUCUUUUCAAGUGGUCCAAACGGGUCAAUAAUAAUGUGGUAGGGGAGGUACGUCUGUACCAUCAAGGUGCGGCUGGAAAUUCAACCGAAAAGUUCCGCGCGAGCAUUUUCCCCAUCGGCCAGGAUGGACCUGCUGGUAUUCCGAUAACCCGUGGAGAGAUCUUUGGAGUAUCCGGAGUGUUUCCGGGCCAGAACGCUACAAACGUUUGGACGCUAUCCAUAACAAGACUUCAAUAG